AUGAUAAUUAAACAAGAUUUAAUAAUUAAAAAAGAAUAUUAGUAAUUAGAGAUGGGCAAUAAUUAAUGUCUUGCAGCUUAAUCAGAAGCAAGAUAAGAAAUCAUUCAUAAUUUUGACAUAUACAAUAUUGGCGAAAAUUUAACACAAUCAUUUGAUAGAUCGGAGUGGGAUAAAUAUAGUCUUUAUUUUACAAUUGAUAAUUGUUUAAAAUUUACAAGAUCAGGAAUAAUUUUGUUUAGAAGACCUCUUAAUAAUAUUUCAAAUCUCAUUUAACUCACAUUUGAUGAGUAUGGCAUUAGUGUUAAGCCAUAUUUUUACAAUAAAUAUAAACCUUAAACUGUUGAAGAGCAUAUUAGAAAUAGUUUAGAACUUAUUUUUUCAAAUGAAGUUUUAAAAGAUUUUUUUAUGGAAAGAAUUGAUGAUACUUAAAAAGAUUUCUGCUUUUAAGGCAAUAGGAGAUUUAUAAGUUAGCAGUAUUUAAGCAGAAAAGUUGAAGUUAAUGAAAAAGAUUAUUAAUCAAGGAAGUCUUUUAACCUUACAAUCAACACAAGAAGUUAACAAAAUUAACAAGGAGAUCAAAAUAUAUUUAUUAGUGAAAACUCACCAUUUAAAAAAGAUGAAAACAGCUUUUAACACAACUAAACUCUACACAAUUUUAAUGAUUAACAAUCUUAUAAUUAGUCAACUUUAUAAAAAAAUAAAGUAAAACUUUCAGAUAAUUAUCAAAUAUUUGAAAAUAGCACAGAAAAAAACUAAGUAUUACUUACAGAUUAGUUUGAACAAUAAAACAAUUUAAAAACUUAAAAUAUGAUCAAUAUAACUUAAUUUAAUCAUAAUAUUAAUAAUUAUUAAGAAAAUUUACACUAAAGUAACAAAAUUUCAAAGACAGAUUAAAUACCAAGUGUUGAAAGGGUUUAUGCUAAUCCUAGGAACUCGUAGAUAAAUAUUUAAAAUAAAGAUCUUUCUUAAUAAAAUUACAAUUUAACUUUAUAAAACUAAGAGCAAAGUUAGUAGCUUGGUAUUUAGUAAGUUGAUGAAAACUUAUUUGGUACUUUUAGUAAAAAUAAUAAUUAAUUCUAAUAAGAAAUUCAUUAACUUUCAAAAUCAAAUGACAGCUUUAAUAAUUCCUAACAAAUACCAUUUUUUCAUCAUUAGUCAUUCGGUAGAGUAAAUUAAUAAUAAAUGACAUAAAACUAAAAUAAAUAAAAUUAUUAGGCAUCUUCACCAAAAUAAAUAUACCACUCUUAAUAAAAUAUGUAAAAAAAUUAAAAUUUAGCUUAAAAUAGUUAAAAUAAUAGGAAUGAUUUUUAAAUUAAUUAGUUUUAAACUCCUAUGAAAAAUAUUCAAUAAUAAAUAGUUGAUAAUAGUUCUAAUUAAAUUUAAAAUACAAGUUAGUUUUAUGAUGUUCAUUCAACUCCUUUUACAAAAGAUAAAUAAAGUAAUACAUAAAAAACUGUUUCUUUAGAAGAAUAAAAGGUGAAUAAUUAGGGUCCUUAAUUAAGAGAAGCUAAAGAAUUUAAUCUAAAUCAAAGCUAGCAUAUAGAUGAUGGUCAUAAACAUUUUUAAGAAUCAUAAAAGAAACUUUUUCCUUUACAAGAGAUAAUUAUUGCAGAGAGAGAUAGCGUUAAUCAUUAUUAUAAUUACAAUGAUACUCAAAAACAUGCAAAUUAGUAUGAACCUAUGAAAGAAACUGGUAGUUAUGUCAACUAAUUUUAGUUUAUGUAGUAAUAGUAACAAUAAUAAUUUUAAAAAUAACUUUAACUAAGUAAUAAUAAAUCAUAAAAUUAGCUUAAUUCAACAAUAAAAAGCUUUAACAUAAAUUAGCAAAAUUAAUAAUAAAAUUAAGUAUUUUUAAAUAUAUCUCCAAAAAGUGAUAAUUAAUUAUAAAAUAAAGGUCCAAUAUUUAUAGAGAAUUAGUAGCCUGACACUAAAGUUUAAUUUUAAAACUAAGCAGAUUUCUAAAAAUUUGAUUAAUAAUAAGACUAACCUUAUUCAACUGAUAGAAGUUUGUAUUUUAAAAGAUAAAAAAAGGCAUUAAAUAACAUUGUUAGCUCAAAUACAUUAACUAAUAAUUAAUAAGUAAAAAUAUAAUGA